AUGGAGAAGUAUGAUCGCACUCGGCGCGACACCGGGGAGGGACAGGACCGUUUCCCCUGGGCUCCCCAGCCUGAGCAGCGCUUCUGGGAGCAGGGGGACUGGGGGGCAGGGGGGGUGCUGAGCAAGGCAGUGGGCGAGGGGGGGCCCCAAAACAAGGAGUCCCUUCAGCGUGGCGGCGGGUGCUGCGCGGUGCGCGUGCACGGCAUUGAGCUGGGAGCGUGCGGAGGGAAACCCAAGCUGGUUCACAGGAGACCCGUGGGCUCGGAUCCCAAACCAGCAGCUGCCCCGCUCCUUGCCGUCAUGAGCCCAGCUGAGCCGUUUUCCGACAACCCGCCUCCCGUCGAGGACGCCGUGCAAAGCCACGGGAGCCUGACAGCAGAGCCGAGGAGGGAAGCAAGGAGGAUACGGGCCUCCCCGGAACACGAUUCUGCUAAUGCAUCUCUUCAAGCUCUCUGCACCGCCAGGAGGCUGCUCCUGGUGCUCGGGGUCGCCGGGCUGCUGGCGGGGACGGCAGCUGGGGCAUGGCUCCUAGUGAAACACCUGAAGAAGCCUCAGCCAGACCAGGGCUUCACCCCGCUGCAGGAGCCAUAUGCGACCCCAGCAUGCAGUGACGGUGAAGAGGAAGACCCCGUGGUCCGUGGGGCUCCCACACAAGUGGAAGGCCAUCCCGGCUGGCUCCUGGCAUGCCACGAGCGCUGGAAUCUCUCCCUGGGCACCCUGCUCUGCCGGCAGCUCGGGUAUCUCAGAAUGACCCAUCAGAAAGGAGUCAACCUGACGGACGUCAAGGUGAAUGACACACAGGAGUUCGUUCAGGUGAGACCCCCCCAGGAAGGGAGCCCGGAGGACAUGUGGCAGGUCAGGAGCGGCUGUGAAUCGGGUCGAAUCGUGGCUCUGAAAUGCUCAGAGUGCGGGCUGCGCCCCGGUGCUGCGCGGGUGGUUGGGGGGGCUGACGUGCCCCCCGGGCGCUGGCCCUGGCAGGUCAGCGUGUACCAGGGCUCCCAGCACCACUGCGGAGGCUCGCUGCUGGCUCGCGAAUGGAUCGUCACGGCGGCUCACUGCGUGCACAGUUACAGGCAGCUUCAAGCCUCCACCUGGCUGGUUUUUGCAGGCGUUACCACCCAUGGCUUGAUCAAGCAGGAGGCUGGGGUAUCAGUAAAGAAAAUAAUUUACCACCCGCUUUAUAACGACAAUAGCCUCGACUACGACAUUGCUCUGAUGAAGCUCCAAGUCCCCCUGAAUUUCUCAGAUGCCAUCCGCGCUGUGUGUCUGCCCCCCUCUCACCAGGACCUCUUCCAAGGCACGCAGUGUUGGGUCUCCGGCUGGGGCUAUACCAGACCAGACCAAGUGCAGGUUACCGACACGCUGAAGGAAGCGCUCGUUCCCUUAAUCGGUACCAAGAGGUGCAACAGUUCGUGCAUGUACGCAGGCGAGCUCACUGCCAGGAUGCUGUGUGCUGGCUACCUGCACGGGAAAAUAGAUGCGUGCCAGGGUGACAGCGGGGGCCCCCUGGUUUGCCAGGAUGGAUUUGCGUGGCGCUUGGUAGGCAUCGUGAGCUGGGGCCAGGGCUGUGCCGAACCCAACCACCCUGGGGUUUAUACCAACGUGGCUCAGCUGCUGCCAUGGAUUUAUCGCAUCACCGAGACUCCCAGAGCCACCCUCUUUGCCCUACAAACACUGAGCUAG